AAGUUUGCAAAUAGCAGACCCUGAAAUGUUGUGAAAUUUGCUGUAUCAAACAUGCCUGGCUGCCCCAGUGACGCCAUCAGCAGAGGGAGCAGCACAUGGAGUGUCAGCAGGCAGUCUUGACUUGGGCCGAGCCAGGACUUUGAGUGCUGCUGCCACUGCUGGAGUUGCAACAGUGGGUGAAAAGUCUCCAAGUGAGCUAAUGUAGACUUUGCUUAAGAAUCAUUAACUAAAUCCCUGUUUUCGUGGGAGCUUCAGCUGUGGUCAUGUGACGUGAUGCAAACCAAGAUCAUCACCUAUCAGUGCAAACAUAUGGCAAAGUCAGCCCAUGUUGUUACUUAUCUGGGAGAGUGCGAGGGGGCUGGGACGUGUCGAGCAAAGCCUAUUGGUGAGGGAGUUUCUGUGUGAGCUUUCUUAAAGAAGCACUUCCUUUUUACUCGUAAUUCUGCGUGGGAAUGUAUACCAAGCAGUUUCCUCUAAGAGACCAGAAGGUUUACAUAGUUCUUCUGCUUCUAUGAGAAGAGAAGAAAUGCUGCUACAACAUCUUCUUAUGGCUGUAGUUUUUUCAUUUACCUGUAUUGUGGAAAGUUAGUUUUCUGUUUUCUGAGAUGCAUAACUCAGAAAAGGAUGUUCUUGAAGAUGACUCAAAUAGAAGUGAUGUUGCUGCUCAUGAAAAGGUUCCUUCUGGAAUCUUGUUUCAGACAAUGAACUACGUGGGGCAACUUGCAGGACAAGUCUUGGUUACUGUGAAGGAGCUGUACAAAGGCAUUAAUCAGGCAACCCUUUCGGGGUGCAUCGAUGUCAUCGUGGUCCGGCAGCAGGAUGGGACGUACCAGUGUUCUCCUUUCCAUGUCCGAUUUGGGAAGCUUGGUGUACUGCGCUCUAAAGAGAAAGUGAUUGAUAUAGAAAUUAAUGGCGAUGCUGUUGAUCUUCAUAUGAAAUUGGGUGACAAUGGAGAAGCUUUCUUUGUGCAAGAAACAGAGGAGGAAAAUGAAAAAGUUCCUGCUUAUUUGGCAACAUCUCCAAUACCCACUGAAGAUCAGUUUUUUAAAGACACUGACAAUCAUUUGAAAUCAGGUGAAAAUGAGAGGACAUGUGCAAACUCAGAAAUUCCACACUCUGGAGAAACAGAGACUGUAUUCACUCCCGGUUCUGUGAAAAAGAAAAAAAGAAGAAGGAAGAAAUACAAACAAGAUAGCAGGAAAGAAGAUCAGAUCUCUUCUGCUGGGACUGAAGACAUUUUUGAAAUGGAAAUAAGCUCAGAUGAUGAGAAAAGUGUACAGCCCCUAAGAGGAUCCUCAAAUUCAUCACCAAAGGGUGAAGAACAAAAAGAAUCUUUGAUUUAUCAUUCGAAGGACCAUUACCCCUUAUCUGAUGGAGACUGGUCCCCUCUGGAGAACCCUUUCUCUGAGCAAGUCUGCCCUAAAAGUGAUUCAGAACUAGAAGUUAAGCCUGCUGAGAGCUUGCUCAGAUCUGAAUCUCACAUGGAAUGGACAUGGGGAGGAUUCCCAGAGUCAACCAAGAUAAGUAAGAAAGAAAAACUGGAACAUUGCAGAACAGCUACCAUUACUCCAUCAGAGAAGACUCAUUUUAGGGUCAUCCUCAGCUCUGAUGAAGUUGAAGACGAAGAUGAUGUGAAAGAUUCUGUCUGUACAGUACUGAAACCUGAGCCAAGAACUCAUCCUCUCCUUAAGCAGAUGGAUGCUAAAGACUCUGUUGCUUCUGCAGUCGUAGAACCUCAAGUUCCGUUGCCAUUGGAUGGUGAUCAUCAUUCCAGAAUAUUGAUGGAUCCUUUACCAGAAACAAAACCAACAGCAAAAGCUGACUCUCCUUCAAAAAAGAAAGGUGUGCACAAACGAAGUCAUCAUCAAGGCCCUGAUGAUAUUUACUUGGAUGACCUAAAGGCUUUGGAACCUGAAGUUGCAGCACUUUACUUUCCCAAAAGUGAUUCUGAUCCCGGAUUCAGGCAGUGGACAGAGUCAGAUACCCUUUCUGGUUCCCAGUCACCCCAGUCAGUGGGAAGUGCUGCUGCUGAUAGUGGUACAGAGUGCAUGUCUGAUUCUGCUAUGGACUUGCCUGAUGUUACACUUUCGCUUUGUGGAGGUCUCAAUGAAAAUGGAGAGAUUUCUAAAGAAAAAUUCAUGGAACAUAUUAUUACUUAUCAUGAAUUUGCUGAAAACCCUGGACUCAUAGACAAUCCUAAUUUGGUAAUACGGAUUUAUAACAGGUAUUAUAACUGGGCAUUGGCUGCUCCUAUGAUUCUGAGUUUGCAGGUGUUUCAGAAGAGUUUGCCUAAGGCUACUGUUGAGUCUUGGGUCAAAGAAAAGAUGCCAAAGAAGUCUGGAAGGUGGUGGUUCUGGCGCAAGAAAGAAAGCAUGACUAAGCAGAUACCAGAGGCAAAAGAGGGGAAAACUGAGACGCAAAGAGCAAAUGAACUGCCAGCAACUAUAAAAGAGCAAGUUAAUAGUAGGCCUCCAGAGGAUGAUUCUUCUAGUGAUGAAGCAUCCCAGGAGGUGAAGGAAUCCCUGAAAAUGGAUUCUGCCCCAGCAGAGCAUCCACCUCAUGGGAAUGUUACAUCUUACAAGAAGUCACUUAGACUGUCAUCAGACCAAAUAGCAAAGUUGAAGCUCAGAGAUGGCCCUAAUGAUGUUGUGUUUAGUAUUACAACCCAGUAUCAAGGGACUUGCCGUUGUGCAGGAACAAUAUACCUCUGGAACUGGAAUGAUAAGAUCAUAAUAUCAGACAUUGAUGGAACAAUAACCAAGUCUGAUGCUUUGGGACAUAUCCUCCCUCAGUUUGGCAAGGACUGGACUCAUCAGGGCAUUGCAAAACUCUAUCAUUCCAUAAACGAAAAUGGCUACAAGUUCCUGUACUGUUCUGCCCGUGCCAUUGGAAUGGCAGAUAUCACCAGAGGAUAUCUGCACUGGGUGAAUGACAAAGGAACAAUUCUCCCCAGGGGCCCUCUCAUGUUGUCCCCUAGCAGUUUGUUUUCUGCCUUUCAUAGGGAAGUCAUAGAAAAGAAGCCUGAGAAGUUCAAAAUCGAAUGUUUGAAUGAUAUCAAGAAUUUGUUUGCUCCCAGUAAACAGCCUUUCUAUGCUGCUUUUGGAAACAGGCCCAAUGAUGUAUAUGCCUACAUGCAAGUGGGAGUUCCAGACUGCAGAAUAUUUACUGUGAAUCCUAAGGGUGAACUGAUCCAAGAACAGACUAAAGGAAACAAAUCUUCGUAUUACAGACUAAGUGAGCUUGUGGAAUAUGUGUUCCCAUUGAUUAAUAAAGAACAGAAUUCUGCAUUUCCGUGCCCAGAAUUCAGUUCUUUUUGCUACUGGAGAGAGCCUCUUCCUGACCUUAACAUGGAUGACCUGGCCUGAAAAGUACUUCUCACCAGGAGAUGGAAUUUCAUAUUGAGCUACUCAACUUCAGUUUAAAUGUGAAGAACUUUCUUAAUGAGGAUGCUAAUUUAUAUAUUGGUACCGUAAGUCUUACUAAAGGAAAUCACUUUAAUUUCAUUGGUUCAAAACAAAGAAAAUGCAAAGCUACUGUCUGUUUUUUUGUGGGAGGGUGUGUGGAUUUUUGUGUUUGUUUGUUUAUUGCUUGUUAUUAUAUACCCGUUCUAAGGCACUUGAGAUUGGCCUAUCAUUGAUGGUCAUGGUACCCAAGUGCUUCAGGGCAACUAAAUGCUGAGGUAAAAUAUGACUUUGCAUUUUCAUCAAUACAGACCUUAUUGUAAACAUCGAUUAUUCUUCUUAAGUUGUCUUAAGGAUAUUUUCUAAAAUGAAGCCAAAAAGUGUAUGGAAACUGCCAAAUAGAAUGUCAGACCUAUCAAUGAAGAACGUGGUUUAAUGUUCAGAAGGGCAUUUAGGCCAUUUUUGAAAGGAGCCAGAGUGUAAGACCACUGUGCUCUUUCUAAGCUAGAAUACAGCAAAUGUACAGACCUUACUAGCCUGACGGAUUCUGAAGACAUAAAGUUGUUCUUUAAAUGUAAAUAUGCCUUUUGUUACAUAUACAAGACUGGGCUUGUACAAAUCACGCUCAAACUAAUUUUGCUUAUUACUUUUUUUUUUUUUACACACAAUGUUUAAACGAUUUCAUGAGCUUGUUAAAAUGAAAGUUGUCUUCAGACACUUGUAUGGCUUUUGUUGUUUUCAGGCUGUGCUGUGUCAUGGUAAAUUUUCAUCAAGAAAAAUUUUGGGACAUUUCUGUAAGAGUUGAGGAACUGGCAUUUCUAUUUCCUUUUUCAGCACAGAGAUAAUGUGUAUGUGUGUGUAUGCUGUGUAGGCCAGUAAAAUAUAUGUAUAGAUUAUAUUCAGGGAAUUGUAAUACUAAAACAAAUUAUGUAUUUAAUUUUUUAAUUGUCUACUGCAGGUCUUUCUGGAGUUCUGUAUUGCAGGUUUUCAGUAGCUGGAAGAAAAUGCAACUCAGUAGUGAGGUUCCAGCUGUGAGAAUGGUUAAAUGCUGCAGAGCAGAAUAAAACCUUAUUUUCUUUUUCCUUUUUUUUUUUUCCUUUUAUCCUUUUAAAGUUUUGGGUUAUUCACAAACAUCAUGCUGGUCAUUCCUCAGGUUCCAGUCAGAGCCUGAACAAAUUACAUUCCAGUUCUGGUGUUUAUCAGCUAUAAAAGCAGCUAAUUGCUCUUUCUCCAAAAGUACUUGACGGCAAAGGUGGCUGCUUUUUAAGUUGAAUUAGUGCAUUUAACUUCUUUUGGACAAAACUGUGGUGAGACUGUAUCAUUCUACCAGCCCAAACACUUAAGGACUACAGUCAUUUAAACAUCAUUUAAACACCAGAUCACUCGGUUUUACUACCUGCAAAACCAUACAUUUAGAGGAUUUUACACCCCUCCAGGAGUAUUUUUUUCUCCAUUGUCAGGCUGUCUUUACCCACAGUUCUGAUGUAACACCAGCUAACUCUGGACAAUUGGUGAACUGCUUGAAGGGGAGCAUUUUUAAAUUUUAAAGUAAUUUAAAAUUACUUUUUUCCCCCAUUAUAAAAUUCUAGCAUAUUCCUGUAUUUAUAAAACACUGGAUAAAGAGUUGAGGCAAGCAAAAUCAACCUGGAAUCUCUUUCAGAGCAGGAGAAGGAGAGUGGGAUAAAAAAAGAUACUUACCUGUCACGGUUGUGCAUGUCAGUGAAUUGAAAGGCAUUCUCAUUUUUUGUACUGUGAGAAGAAUAAUUUCUGUGAUUUUUGGUCACCAAUCUACUCAGUGUUUAAGUGGAUUUCACAGAAUUCAACUCAAAGGAUAUUUUACCGCUUUUUUCUUGUAUUUUUUUUCAGCGUUAAAAGCUUGCAAACAUCAUUCCAUGUAUUUUUUUCCCUUUUCUUACCUUUUAGCCCAUAGAUUUCAUUAGAAACUAAAAUUUUCAUGAUCACCAAGUGCUUUGAAUAUCAAUGUGAUUUGAGCUUUUAAGUCACUUAAAUACUUUAAUAAAUAAGAAUCCAACAUAAUAAAGUAUUUUAAUUACAAGAUUAAAUAUUCUAUCUAAAGAUUCUAUUUUGCAUAAAGGGAGUGAAGCAGCCUUUCCUGAAACAGUCUUUUUGUGGAUGUCAAAAUUUGCUUUACCAUGCUUAAGUCUACUCUCGGUAGCCCUGGUAUUACACAGCUUUCCUAAAAAUAAAAGCACUUCAUGAAACCAUGAUGAGUUCCCAAAUGGGACAGAUUGUUGCCAUGGUUUGGCUGUGUCUUUUUUAGUUAGUAUUCUUUUUUCACUUGUUUGGUUGGUUUUCUUCCUUCAAGUCCCUUCAACUUUUCAGACUGUCAUAAAGAUAAGCUGUGGAUUUCAAGGUGGGAACUUGAGUAAAUGAGAAGUGUGGAAAAAUAGUAUCAGGUAUAACUCCAAAUACAUGUACUUUCAGCUGGUAUGAAAAUGGGGGUUGUGUGAGUCGUUUUGAGAGCUCCUCAUUCUGUUAACAUGUCACUUUGCAUUGUAGGAGUGUCCAAAAGGUUGCUUAAUUUAAAUAAUCUAAGGGUUUUUUUUCCCCUCUGUGACAGCUACAAUUUGAUAUUUGUUUUUUUGAUAAAAUGUAAGUGUUGUUGAGUCUUUCUGAUAUGAGUAGGGCAGGGGUUUGGUUUUUCUAACUCUGGCUUGUAUUUGAAGCUUUUCAGAUUGUUUGUUAACCCUGUUUAGGGACAGAAUAUGGGGCCUGUCGUUGCAUACCUGUGUUCUUGGGGCUGCUGGGCACUUUACUGACUCUAGAGCAGACAUCUCGUUGCUAUCAAACUGUGGGCUUGUGCUGCAAUAUUAAUAUGGAGGGGGGGUAAAUGAGAAUUAUGCAUUAGCCUGUCCUUUAUUACCUUAGUGGAGAGAAGUGGCCUGAAACUGAUGUUUGAGAGCAAGUUGUGCUAUACUGAUGUAAAAUUAGCGCAAGCUACAUCAUUCUUUCUGUGAAAGAGGAACUUUUAAGUGUGCCUGGCUCUGGGCACACGCACACCCCUGUUAAGACUGUGUUGUUGAAGAUGCAGAUCCGCUUAGUGUUGGAACCCCUCAAAGGCUGAGUCAAUGACACCUGUCUGGGAGUAAAUAAGGAACAUUGCAAUUCAAAACUUGUUAGUGACUUGGACAUUACCCAUUUCUAUAAUGAUUUAAAGAUCAGCAGUUUAAAGGGUGUGCAUUUCUGGAUUUAAUUUUUUUUUAUUUACCAAGCAUGUUUGUACUUCAAAGGAUUGGGCUUUCGUUCCCAACACUAUACAAGUGCAUGUGCAAUCCUGGCUCAUGUCUUCUUAACUUUCUGUCAUCAGUAUACACCUCCCAAAACCCUUUUUUUUCUUUUCAACUGGAAAAUUUUAACACUUGUGUCAACUCCAUUAUGGAACUUCUGAAGCAAACUCUGAAUCCGUUUAUGGUAAACACAAAAGAGAUGAGAUUUCAUGUUAAUAUUUCAUGCAAGUCUUCUAGAAAAUGUUGUCAUAUGAAUGAGUUGUUUAAAUGACUGUAAUGCAAAUUCCUAAUGAAACAUCACAGAUAGAUAGAGAAUUUGAGAUGCCUUUAGAGUGUCACUUUUGCCUGAAGAAACUGUAGUUUCCAGAGUUAAAAUUUGCUAAAUGAAAAGGAAUUGUUUGGGACUUUUUUACAGUGUUAAUUACUUCCAGAUGAAAGUUAAAAUGUUGGUUUAAUUUGAGGGUGGGAAAACUCUCUUCAGUAAUUUGUUUCAUUUUUUUCUUGAAGAUGUGGAAUACUUGAUUGUUAAGCAACACAAUCACUAAUAAGGUAGUGUUUAAAAUGUCAAAUCUGUGAUCAUACCAAUACAGUGGUUUUUGUUAAGACUGUCUUGGGUACAGCAACCCACACUUCAGUGCAAUGUUUAUUGGUGUUCAGAACAAUGUUAUCACAAUAAAAACAGACUUAAAGUGAAA